AUGGACUCUUACGCCCCGGCCUGCGGGCCGCUACCGCGGAAAGAGCCCAGAGCCUGGCAGCUGUGGAGCCGAGCUUCCACGUGGGCGUUCAUGGGCGGGAAGGUUCCUGGAAUCGGGGCGAGCGUGGGGGCCAAUGUGACGAUCCCAUGUGGCAGGGCUGUGCUCCUGGACGUGCCACGUGUCAGCCUUGGAUUGCUCAUCGUGAAGGGCUGGUUGAGGUUUGGGCGGUCCGAGUUCUUGCUUCGGCAGCCAGCUCCGGCCGAUCCUGCCCACCCUCGCAGCCUCGGGCACAAGGCGUUCGUGGUGGUGGGCGGUCAGGUGGAUUUCCACGGCAUGCCAGGCGGCGCGAGCACGCCCGCGUGGGUCCGGCUGGCACAACGGGCCAAUAAGGGCGCGCGGCAGAUCACUGUAGACGCUGACGUCAGCACGUGGCCCCGAGGUGGCGUGAUUGCAUUGGCGAGCACGACACCGGAUCUGAAUAACGCCGAAAAAGCAAUCAUUACUGGAGUGCGGAGAGUCAGCCCUUCCAGCAGCAUCAUCUCUCUCUACCGCCCUCUGAAGCACUCGCACGACGGGGAGAGGAAUGCCGUGAGGGACGGGUUUGGAGGCACCGUGGACGUUCGAGCCGAGGUGGCGCUGCUGACGCGGAACAUUGUGAUUCAAGGCGUGCACGAACAGCCUCCGUACCAAUAUGAUGGCGGUCACUUCAUGGUCUACAUGACUCGCACGCCCCAAGUUAUUCACGGAGUGCAAUUUAAGGGGCUGGGGAAUCAGGGCAGCUUGGGAAAAUACCCCAUUCACUUUCACGUGUGCGGCAACGCGAAGCGACGGUUCUUGGUUCACAAGAACGUGAUUCUGGAGUCGAAACAGCGCUGUAUUGUGGUACAUGCCACCUCGCGAGUUACUAUUGUGGACAACGUGGCGUACGAGACGAGAGGGCACUGCUUUGUGUUGGAGGAGGGCAGUGAGGCGAGGAACACGUUUAUCCGCAACCUGGGCAUGAGCACACGCGCUGUGCAUCGGCUUAUACCACCCACCUCUCUUGCUAAGUUCGACCGCCAGACAGACGACAAGCCGUCUACUUUCUGGCUCGCCACGCCCUUCAAUAGCUUUGUGGGGAACGUGGCUGCUGGGUCGGAGGACUCGGGCUUCUGGCUAGAGCUAAACAAGCACAUGAGGGGUCUGUCCAAGAAUCUGCCCUUCUGGAAAAACCUCUCCCCCGUGACGCUCGCCUUUGGGGUCUUCACAGGCAACGUGCUUCACUCCAACGCCCUCUUUGGGUUCCGCACCUACCCGCACGGUGCUCGCCCCGCGUUCCCCUCGAAAGGGAAGGGAAGAGAAUCAAUUCAAGUGCGCAUCUCUCACUCUCUCGUCUACAGCAACCCCAUCGGCGUAUUCCUGUACAACAGCCAGAGCAUCACCGUCGGCCACUCCACCUUCCUCAACAACCGCAUCGCCAUCGACCUCAACCGCAACUUUGGGAUCCUCAUUCUCGCAUGCACCUUCAUCGGCCGUACAGCUUGCAGCAGCAAAUCCUCUGGAGGCGGAGGAUCAACACCGUAUGAUGCUGCAUCGACACACCUAAUGCCACCAACCCCGCCACAGCUACUGCCAUCAACACACGCCCCAACACCGCUCAUGCCAUCAACACAGGUAACACCACAGCUACCAGCAGGAGGAGGAGCAUCGUCUAGCCUACACAUUGAAGCUGCUACUAACGAGGAUGAAAUGGAAGGGUACACCACGUCGAACUGGCAGUCGCCUGGUUUGAUGCUAACUGCGCCACAGUACAGUAUGGAGGAUGACUAUAGCGAGGAUGAUAAUAGUGAGACAGCCGAAGCAGCUACUAAAGGGGUUAUGGGAAGUGGAGGGAAGUGGGGAUGGAGGAGGAGAGUGCGUGGAGAGAUAAAUGGAUCGGCUUAUAACGAGGAUGAGGGAGAUGAUGUGGGGUUGGGUGAAUCUAUUGCGAAAGUUCUUAGCGCUUAUAUAAAGGAUGGGUCAGCAUAUAAUGAAGAUAAAUUACUUGAUAAUGGCGAUGAAACAGUUUACAACGAUAAUGAGGAUGACAAUGAGGUACACGAAGAGGAAGAGGUGGAGGAAGAGGAGGGGGAGGAGGAAGAGGAGUAUGGGGGCAAUGGGAUCGAGGCGGUGAGGAGGGUAAAGGAGAUGGCGACGAGGGGGCGAGUGGCGGCGGGGUUCUUCUAUUCGCGGGACGGCGGCACGUUCAAGAGCCCCAUCGGGGUGAUGCUGAGCCAAGUGAAGCUGAGCGGCAUGCUGGAGGCGAAUAGGGUGGUGAAUAGCAGGUUCUCGGGGUUUGGUGAAUGUGGCCCCACUCUGAAGAGCUCUGCGCUGGUGUUGGCAGUGAACAAGGCAGGCGGAUUUUGGAACCCGGCAAUGAGUGUGAAGGGCCUUCAAUUCACAUCUGCCACAAGACGGCUCUAUGCUGUUCCCAAUGCGGUACGUGCUGCUAUUUGCGGUGGUUCACUCACUCGUUUCUAUGCCCUCCACGAUCCCAAUGGCUCUUUCCUCUCCUUACUUGACUUCCCCCCUCCCCACCUCCCCUUUUCCCCUCUGCUCCUCUCUCCCAUUCUCCCCUCCAUCCCAAUGGCCCUGUCCCCCGAGCCCAACCGUCCUGUCCCCAGGGGCGGCUCCAAUGCUCGCCCAACCGCCCAGACCCCAGGGGAGGCUCUAACGCUCGGUUCUACACCCUCCACGAUGCCCAUGGAUCCUUCCUCUCCUCCCUUUAACCUCCGCUCUACCAACCUCCUCUUCCCCCCUCUCCAUCUUCCCCCCUCCCCCCCCCUCUCCCCCCUCUCCCAAUCUCCCCUCCAGCCCAACCGCCCUGCCCCCCGAGGUGGCUCCAACGCACGCCUAACCGCCCUGUCCCUCGAGGUGGCUACAACGCUCGGUUCUAUGCCCUCCACAAUGCCCACGGCUCCUUCCUCUCCUCCCUUUGAUCUCCCAACUGCUUUCCCCUUCCCUCCCCAGCCCAACCGCCCUGUCCCACGAGGGGGUUCCAACGCUCGAUUCUACGCUUUACACGACGCCGAUGGUUCCUUCCUCUCCUCCUCCUCUCCAGCCUUCCCUAGCGCCGCCCGUCCAGCCUACCUCGUUGCUCCGUUCCACCCGAUCCUGCCGCCAGCCUCGGUCCGUCUGCUACCGAGCCAUCGCCCUGACCUACCUUGA